AUGAUUUCAAUGAUCGGCACAUGUUAUUAUAUAUGUGCCACAUGUGAUAGAAAGUUCCACAAAGAAUGCAUAGAGUGUCCACUUGAGAUCCAACACCCUUCUUACCCUUUUCUAUCUCUCAAACUUCAUCACUUUUAUCCUAGUGACGAUGAGAGUGUCAACAAGUGGCAGUGCUUCUGUUGUCAAGAAACCAUCUUACAACAACUUUAUUAUUGCCCUACCAACAAGUUAAUUAUGGAUCCAGUUUGUGCGAUGAAGCCAAUACCCAUUUUUAUAGACCAUCCAAAAAGGCAUCUUCACACUCUCACCAUUUUCCCUAAACAAAAUUUCUUACCGUGUGGCGUUUGUGGCCUUAUUAGAGAACAUUCUCCCACCUAUAUUAUCUCUCGUCACCACCACCGUAUCUCCACCUCCUCUCUUCCUUCCGGAAAAUGGUCUUGCGGAGUGUGUCGUCGAAAGGUCGACAACAAUUAUGGCGCCUACUCUUGCAAUAAGUGUGAUGAUUAUUUUGUUCAUACAAAAUGCGCACUGCAAGAAGACUUAUGGGAUGGGAAAGAACUAGAGGGAACACCUGAAGAACCUGAGAUAGUUGUUGAGCCAUUUGAGAGGAUAAGUGAUGGAAUAAUACUCCAUUUUGCUCAUGGCCAUCAUAUGAGACUCCAGAUCAGUGGAGCUUACAAUGAAGGAAAGUUUUGUCAAGCGUGCAGCCUUCCAAUCUACGAGGGUAGCUAUUAUUCGUGUAUGCGUCGUCGAUGCGACUUCAUCCUCCACGAAGCAUGUGCCAAUGCGCCUCGCAAGAAACACCAUGCCUUGCACGCUCGCCCACUUACACUAAAGGUUGGCGAUAUAGGUUACUUCUUCUGCAGUGCUUGUAAACGUCAAAGUUGUGGUUUCGUCUACGAGGAUCCUGAAAUAAAUUGGGGUUUCAAAUUAGACUUACAGUGUGCUUCAAUCUCUGAACCAUUUCAAUAUGAAAGCCAUAAGCAUCCCUUGUUUUUAGCUUUAACGCCGGAAGAGGAAAAAUCAGCAAUAUGUCAAGUAUGCCAAGAAGAGGGUGACGAAUAUAAUGAGUGGGGGAAACUAACUUGCAUCGAAUGCAAUUAUAUCAUAUGUUUCAGAUGUGCUACUUUACCGUACAAGGCAAGGUAUAAACAUGACAAACAUUUCCUCAUAUUUCGGAAAAAGGAAGAGGGAAAUGAUGAGCAAGGCUGGUGUGAUAUAUGCGAAAGCAAAAUAGUAUAUUCAAGAAAGGGAGGUUUCUAUUCAUGCGAUGGCUACUGCUCCACCACUGUUCAUGUUGAUUGUCUUCUUGGGAAUGACCCGUAUAUGAAACCUGGUCAGUUCAAUUAUUGGGGAAGAGAUGUUCUUAUUCUCCACAACAAGACCAUGUCUCGGCCAUUUUGCCAUGGUAAAGAGCACUGUUGUGAAGAUAAAAUCAUCGAAUGCAAUUAUAUCAUAUGUUUUACAUGUGCUACAUUACCGUAUAAGGCAAGGUAUAAGCAUGACAAACAUUUCCUAAUAUUUCGGAAAAAGAAAGCGGGAAAUGAUGAGCAAGGCUGGUGUGAUACAUGCGAAAGUAAAAUAGUAUAUUCAAGAAAGGGAGGGUUCUAUUCUUGCGAUGACUACUGCUCCACCACUGUUCAUGUUCAUUGUCUGCUUGGGAAUCACCCGUAUUUGAAACCUGGUCAGAUCACGUAUUUAUUGGGGCGAGAGGUUCGUAUUCUUCACAACAAUACCGUGUCUCGGCCAUUUUGCUAUGGUACAGAGCACCGUUGUGAAGAUAAAGUAGUUUUCAAACUUAGUAACAUGACACUUUGUUAUUUUGAUUGUUUAAAAGGCCAUUGCUACUACAGCUAG